AUGAGUAAGGACAUAAGCGAUGACCGAGUUUCUGCCAUGAAGGAAGCUUUCACGCUUUUCGAUAGUGCUCGUGAAGGCCGUAUCGCCCCAUCAGAACUUGGGAUCCUGAUGCGGUCUUUGGGCGGAAACCCGACCCAAGCCCAACUAAAGGCCAUUGUGGCCCAAGAGAACCUCACCGAGCCCUUCGAUUUCCCCCGUUUCUUAGAUCUAAUGGGGAAGCAUCUCAAGGUUGAGCCCUUCGAUCGUCACCUUCGUGACGCCUUCAAGGUUAUCGACAAAGAAUCCACCGGUUCUGUCUCCGUCACCGAGCUCCGUCACAUUCUCACCUCCAUCGGCGAGAAGCUCGAACCUUCCGAGUUCGAUCACUGGAUCAAGGAAGCCAAUGUCGUCUCCGAUGGCAAGAUCCCCUACGAAGAUUUCAUCGCCAAAAUGCUCGCUAAGUGA